CAUCCAAUCAGCGAGCUCCAGGUUUAAACAUGGCGUCUCCCGUCGGGUGCAGGGCUCUAUCAGUAUUGUUUUUACUCGUAUUAUUCAUAACAGUUCAUUGCACAGACACUAAACCCAAGAAGAAGAAGGACAUACGGGAUUAUAAUGACGCGGAUAUGGCCAGACUGCUGGAGGAGUGGGAGAAAGAUGACGACAUUGAGGAGGGAGACUUGCCCGAGCACAAAAGGUCUCCUCCACCAAUCGACUUCUCGAAAAUUGAUGCCUCCAAACCAGAAGAACUCUUAAAGAUGUCCAAGAAAGGAAAGACCCUGAUGGUGUUUGCCUCAGUGUCAGGAAACCCCACAGAGAAGGAGACUGAGGAGAUCACGGGCCUGUGGCAGGGAAGCCUCUUCAACGCCAACUAUGAUGUUCAGAGGUUUGUGGUGGGCUCUAACCGUGUGAUCUUCAUGCUGCGUGACGGCAGUUACGCCUGGGAGAUUAAGGACUUUCUGGUGUCCCAGGACCGCUGCGAGGACGUGACCGUGGAAGGACAGGUGUUCCCUGGCAAAAAUGCCAAGAAAGAUGCCAAGGGGAAAGAGCAAAACGAGACCAAGAAGAAAGGUGACAAGAAAGCAGCCAACCGAGCGAACAAAGGCAAGCAGGAACUUUGAUACACUGGUGGUGUUAAUGGGACUGAAGGAGCGUUUCUCCAGCAGGUGUUACCAGCGUACUUUGAUGCACAGGUUACGAAAGCAAAUCAGCCGUUCAGUUACAGUAGCUAACUUUAUUAUGUUUUCCACAGUCUGUAUCAAAGAAUAAAUCACUUUUAUAAUUA